CAAGUGUUGCGGAUAUUCCGUGCGGAAUUAGUUAAGAAUGGCUCUGUUAUCAAGAACCAUACAAACAGACUUCAUGUUUCUCCAUGUGACCCAAAUCCUCAUGGUCCAAUUUCGGUAGAACCCAUGCCAGCCAACCAGACAAUAGACCGGUAUGGAGGGAAUGUGAUAUUCCACUGCACAGGGAACUUUGGCUGUUAUGUUCAUGAAUAUCGCAUAGCAUAUUGGAUGGUGAAUGAAACGAUUUCUCCUGAAAAUGCAAGCAAUAGAUAUGUAGUGAAUCAGACUCAAAGUUUAGACUUGUCCAUUCUGGGUGCUACGCUCACCAUCCACAAGGUCCAGCCAAAGGAUGUUUACAACACUUACGAAUGUGUCGUGUUGAACGAACAAUCUAUCAACGGCAUAUCUAAAAAGUUUGUCCACAUUGUGAAGAAAGUGAAAAAAAGACGUGAAAGAAAAAGUUACAUUCUUCUAGUGUGCUGGUGUUACUUGCCUCAAAUACAGCGCUUCUGCUACAUGCGAUUACCAUGCUGGAAAAUUGUCACAAUUGAUGAGGAUAAGUAUAAGUACAAUGUGUUUGUGUAUCAUGCUGAAGAAGACCGUGAAAUUGCCGAGUACAUCAAAGAAAACCUAGUAGAGCGUGGAUACAAGGUUUCCAUGUCUGCAGAUACCAUCCCCGGGAAAAGUAUAAUGCCAUUUUAUAAUACGGAAUUUGAACGGAGCGGCGCCGUUUGUUUCCUGUACUCGAAAAACCUUCUUUCUGACCAAUGGGCAGUCAGUUGCAUGACCCAUCUUAUGCCGGAGAAAAAACCUGUUUGGUUCCUUGAAAUUGAUGAGCUAAAGCCCAAAGAUGCAUUGAAAUGGGCAAAGGAAGGCAAGAAGAAAUCUGAGGAAUCACGAGCAAUUGAAAAUGUGGGCAGCGAUAUUGAAAUAAACGAAGAUUUAAAGUAUUGGGAAAAGAUGCCAAAGAUCAAAGUGCCAACGAAAAAUAGCUCAAACAGGAAGAUGAACAAUUUCUGGUGUUCAUUGGAAAAUAAACUUCCUAAAUUUAAAUCGCAAAAAUCAAAAUCACGAAAAUUAGUGGCAGAAAUUUCAAAACCAGAUAAAAACAGGAGGUCCUCAAGCACCAGACCUUUGCUUGAAAGCGAUCAUAUUUCUAUGUUGGAAGUGGAAGGGCCGGGGCAGAACUAAGUGAAACUCCAUUGCAGAAUGAAGUAUUUCAAAACCCUGAGACCGAAAAUCAUGACACAAGUUUUGUCAAUCUUAUACCAAAUAAUAAUUAUAACACGAA